GCAGCGUGAAAUAGAGUGAACGGAAUAAUGGAGUAUCUUGAUAUUGAAACUUUUCGUUGCAAAUAUAGCGACAUAACGGUGACGGCCGUGCCAAAUACAAAGCAGCAUAACGCAAAUGAUGCCAAUACUGCUUCCGGUGCCACAAAACCGCCAAAGCCGUCACAUCCGCCUUGUGUGGAAAUCACGCGCAUCCCGUUGAGUGCGCCGAAAAUUGCCAGCUUCGGAGCUGCUCGGCCAGGCAAGCUGCCUUAUACAAGUAGUGGACCGUCGCCGCAGCAGAAGCUGGCCACGGAUGCAGUCGCAUAUGCCAACGAGUACAAGCAGGUAAUGGCCAAGUUGGAAUACACCAAGUAUAUGCAGUCUCAGUUGCAGCUGAUGUCGGCUUCGGGCGGCGGACCCCCUGUCCUAUCUUUGGAAGGCAACAUUUUCGGACUGGGACCAACCACACCCGUACCUAUGGGUGGCAUCAUUCUCGAGCCGAAUGCCAACAUUGCCAACAAGUACAAUGAUCUAUUGACCAUUAUCGCUGGGAUGCCAUCCAAUCUGGCUCCCUCUGCCAUGGGAUUGCGUGCGCCAAAAGAGCGUUUGCUGCGCGACAUUGCGCAUGCGCGCGUCAUUCUGCGCCAAUGCCUCAUAUUGCUGAGUCGCGAGUCUGAAGAUAAGUCAGAGCCAAGCCAUCCAACUUUAUAUUAAGGUCGUCCACAAACACAUGCCGUACAUCCUCAUCCUGCACUCAGGCUAGAUGCUGGGAACUGCUGUACUGCAAAAAAGAAAGCUGCACUCAAACCAAACUCAUUUAUAAAGCUUACAUUCAGACAAACUUCACUGUAGCUCCCAUUAGCGUAAGAUGUAAGCUUCCAAUUGCCGCCCCAUUCGAGCAAAUCAAAAAUAAAAAUAAUAAUAUUGUAUGAAGAAAUAAUUUCAUACUUUUACUGGCGAUAAUAAACACAUUUCGCG